AUGCUGGAUACCCGUCGUAUUCCAUCCUCACACGUGACUCAGGCCAUUGAUGGGAAACGUGCUAAACAAGCUGCUCGCAAAGUUGGAUCGAUCGAGAUCGUGAACAUGAUCAAUCCGAACGUGUUCAAUGAAAUCUUCCACGAUGCCUCCAGACUGAUUGUUGACAAAGAUACUGAUGAAUCGAUGCACAUCGAGAAACGUCUUCGCAAACGACAGUUCAAUCGCAAACCUGAAUGGCUCGUGAAAUGGCACGGAUUAUCUGACCACGAAGUUAGGUGGGAACGCGAGAAAGACAUCAACCACGUGUCGCACUGGAAAGUUCUAAUUGCCGAUUUCAAGAAGCGCCAAUGA